AUGCCAAAAUAUGAACAACCUUUCAUUCCUUCGAAGCUCUUGGGACGCGUCUAUAGCAUCGCCGUUACUUUCAAUUUUGGAAAUCCACUUUACAAACGGCAAAGCCGAUACAAGAUACGAUACAAAGUAACGAAACUGGCAAUGAAAUUUCUGAAGGAAGUGUAUAGCGAGCAGCUGGAGAUGCAAGUGCGGUGGAAAUACGCCAGAUUUGGUAAUUCUAAAGUGAAGCAAAACCGUUGGACCAGCGGUAUUCAUGGGGAGGAUGUCUAUAGUGAAACGUUGGUUCUGGAGAGCCUUGCUGUGAUUAUCACCAAUAAUCUGGUCAAGAUUCAUCAUGAAGAGUAUUUGAGUACUCUUACCCCAGAACAAUUGAUCGACGGCUGCUCCACCCUCGAACUCAUCAUGAAUGUGCAAGCCGACUCAUCUAAUCAAGAAUGCGAUUUCUGCCUCUUUGGUAUGUGA